AUGUCGCAGAGUCAUGGCAGCCAGCCUCACGUCGACGCCCUAAGAGGCACCCGGGUCCUCGUCAUCGGAGGCACAGCAGGCAUCGGCAAAGGCGUCGCAUCGGCAGCGCUCGCCGGGGGAGCCAAGGUGUUUCUCUCGUCAUCGGACCCGUCCAAAAUCACCGCCGCGGUCGCCGAUUUCCAGUCAAUCUACCCCGGCGCUAGCGUGUCCGGCACGGCGGCCGACCUGUCCCGAACCGACACCGUCGAGGCCAAUCUGGAAAAGGUCCUCCAGGCCGCCGUCGCAGAGCUGGGCGGCCCCCUCAAUCACGUCGCCUACACGGCAGGGGACGCCUUUGACUUUGCACCCCUGUCCGAGGCCACGGCCGCCAACGCCUACUCGUCCUGGACGGUGCGCUACCUGGGCCCGCUGCUGCUGGGCAAGCUGGUGACGGUGCACCCGGGCGUCUACCUCGAGGCGGCCGCCCGCUCCUCCAUCACCCUGACCUCUGGCAUCCACGGAAGCAAGCCGUUCCCGGGCCUGUCCAAGAGCAUUGCCUGGUGCGGCGCCGUCGAGACCUUGACGAGGGCCCUCGCCGUCGACCUGGCCCCGGUCCGGGUCAAUAAUGUCUCGCCCGGGGCCAUUCGCACCCCCAUGCUGGAGAAGCUCGGCCAAGAGGCCAUGGCUGGCUUUGCUGAGAAGCAGCUCGUCAAGGAUGUAGGCAAGGUCCAGGAGAUAGCAGAGGCAUAUCUGCUCGGCAUGCGUUGUGCCUUUGCGACGGGCCAACAGUUUGUCAUUGACGGCGGCUACACUUAUAAAUGA